AUGCCUCUAGGCGGGAAGGGUCCAUCGGUGCUCGCGUGUCUCUGGGCUCAGACAGCGGUGACGCUGACUUGCAUCGUUUUGAGAUGGUAUACCAGACGCUUCAUCAAGGGAAAGGUCGGGGCUGAUGAUUAUGUGCUUUGGGUGACCUGGAUCUUUCAAGUAGCAUUCGCCGUCACAUUCACAGUCUCGUGUUCUUAUGGAUUUGGCCAGCAUAACGCCGACCUAGGCGCCUAUGAAAAAUCAAUGGCGACAUUUUGGGAACUUGUCGGACAGCUAGCCGUAUCCAUAACCAUGGGCACAAGCAAAGCAGCCGGAGCCUUGUUCUUAUUGAGAAUUCUCACGGCGACUUGGCAAAAAAUGAUUCUCUGGGCGUGGAUGAUAAGCAACGGCUUUCUUGCCCUCAUGCUGGGUAUUAGCGUAUUCGCACAGUGUACGCCAACGCAGGCGCUGUGGGACCACACGGUUGCGAUACAAUCAUGCCCCAUCAGUCUCACCAAUGUGGCCUACGUCACAUGCAGCUGGAGCGCUGCCAUGGACUUUUUCCUGGCCGUCUUCCCUUGGUUCGUGUUGUGGGAGCUCAACAUGAAGAGGAGGGAGAAGAUCACUGUCUGUCUGUCGCUCAGUUUGGGCAUCUUUGCUGGCAUCUGCGGCGUCAUCAGGACUACUGGCCUAGGAGUGCUGGCCAACUCUGCUGAUUAUUUAUACGCCACGGCCGACUCAGUGAUGUAUACCUCCAGCGAGCUCAUGGUUACCGUUAUCUGUAUUUCAGUGCCAACGCUCCGGCCUCUGUGGCAAAAGGCAUUGAAGAUGCAAUCAUCGGCCUACAAGUACGGAACGGGAGAUCAGUUUGACGGCAGCCGCUAUGGUAGGGGAACAUCCAAGAAGCAGACACUGCGAUCAUUUGAUGACGGGCCUGACGGGGCGAGCUUCGGCAUGGAGACUUUGGGAACAACCAAUGGGACAAAGGCCAAGGGGAUGAUGAACGUGACUACAAAGGUGACCGCCUUCUCGCCCACUCCCUCGGGCGCCGAGAACACAGACCACAGCUCGGACAACGACAGCGACAAGGAUAUUUAG